AUGUCAGACACGAAUCCUCCUCCUGAAUCCUCAAGCUUCAAUGCUCUAAACAUCGAUGUCACUGAAUCAAUCCUCUCCCUCCUCCCAAUCCCUUCCCUCGUCCGUUUCUCUUCCGUCUCCAAGCUAUGGCGCUCAAUCAUCAUCUCUCUUCCUCCUUCUCCUUCUUCCACCUCUUCCCCAUGGCUCUUCCUCUUCGGCAUCCACAACACUUCCUCCUUCCACAACCAGUCAUUCGCUUUCGAUCCUCUCUCCGACUCCUGGCUCCGCCUCCCCGCCGCUUCCUUCCCUUCCGUCCACCUCGUCGGAUCCGAUCGAUUCCUCUUCACCACCGCUCCUAGAUUCUCCUUCUCGCCGAUCCUCAAACCUCGCUGGCGAUUCACUUCCCCUGUUCGAUUUCCCAGGAUUAGUCCUCUUUUAGGCGUUUUCGCGACUCGCUCCGGCUCUUCCAAGCUCAUCCUCGUCGGCGGAGACGAAUUCAUCGGAAGAUUAGUCGACAUCGAGGAUCGAUUAGCCGUUCAGGUCUACGAUCCGGUUCUCGAUUUCUGGGAGCUUUGUCCGCCGCUCCCCGCCGAUUUCCGAUCAGGUGAUCAAGCCUUAAGCUCCGCUUUGUUCAAUAGAAAGUUCUACGUCUUCGGAAUCAACUCCUACUUCAUCUCCUCGUUUUGCUUGGAUACUUACACAUGGAGCGAUGUGCAAACGCUGAGACCGCCUGGGCUCUCGUUCGCGUUCCUCAAUUCGUGCGACGGCAUGCUUGUUCUCGGCGGGAUGUGUAAUUCGACUAGCGGAUUCUCGUUUAACCUGUGGAGAAUCGAGGAAGGUUCGAUGGAGUUCAGCGAGAUCGCGAUCAUGCCUGGAGAUUUGCUUUGUGGAUUGGUUGAUGAUAAUGAGGAUGAGGAAGAUAAGUUUAGGAGUUUGAAAUGCGUUGGCUCUGGGAAUGUUAUCUAUGUGUUCAAUGAAGAUUGCCAUAAGAAGUAUCCAGCUUGUAUCUGUGAGAUUGAUGAUGGAGGAGAGAAAGGCAAAUGUAGAUGGAGAAGAGUGCCUCAUUUGCCUUCUCCGGUGAACAAGUUUCAUAAACUCGUUAGCUUUUGUUCGACGGUAUCGGUUAACGACGUUUUCCACUCCGAUGAGACUCAGAUUGGUUCCAUCCACAAUUGA